AGAGAACUUUUAAGUUCCAUAUUAUAACUUGCCGCUCAGAGAUAGUCCGGUUCUAAAUUAGUAAACUUGAAAGAUAAAUUAUCAGUGACGAAUUAAGUUCAUUAGAAUCUCUAUUUUUAUCGAACUAUCAGAAAAAUAACCAAACAAAAUAUCAUUUCCGCAGGUCAUUUUCCACGUAUUUCGCAACUAACUUCAAGACAGUGAGUAAGCGGGCCUUGACGAAGCGCGAAUGUCGCUUUCUAUUAUUUGAAGAUUAUUUCUUCUGAAUUUAAAAAGCAAAGCAAAAUUCUGGCAAAAUUGUGCGCGUUCGUGCCCGAUGUCUAGUGCUGAAGUCGCCGAUAAUUCCGUUGACCCCCCGGCGAAAAAGCGGAAACUAAAUACAGGAGAAUCACGUUCCAACAACUCGGCAAUGGCGAACAAUGGGACGCGCGUGGAAGAUGAGAUUGACGAGAGUUUGUACUCGCGGCAGCUAUAUGUGCUGGGCCACGAUGCCAUGCGGCGGAUGGCCAGCUCGGAUGUGCUUAUUUCGGGACUCGGGGGUCUCGGAUUAGAGGUAGCGAAAAACGUGAUCCUCGGCGGAGUGAAGUCGGUAACUCUUCAUGACGAGCGGAUAUGCACGAUUGCUGAUUUGUCGUCGCAAUUUUAUCUGUCCGAAAAGUCAAUCGGGCAGAACAGGGCUCUGGCGUCAUGCGAACAGCUGGCGGAGCUGAACCAUUAUGUGCCUACUACUGCUUACACGGGCCCCCUCACUGAAGAGUUCCUGCGUAAGUUCCGCGUGGUGGUGCUCACUGGUGCUUCGUGGGUGGAGCAGGAGCGUGUAGCAGCCAUUACUCACGCCAACGACAUAGCUCUUAUUAUAGCAGACACUCGAGGCCUGUUCUCCAGGGUGUUCUGUGACUUUGGACCUGAGUUCACAGUGGUUGAUGUGACCGGGGAGAACCCGGUGUCAGCCAUGAUCGCUGACAUCACACAUGAGUAUGAAGCAGUGGUCACCUGUCUUGAUGACACCCGUCACGGCUUAGAAGAUGGUGACUAUGUCACUUUUAGUGAGGUCCAAGGCAUGACUGAACUGAACGGCUGUGAGCCACGUAAGAUUAAAGUACUUGGCCCCUACACCUUCAGCAUUGGUGACACAACCAACUGCUCCAAAUAUGUCCGAGGUGGUAUCGUCACACAAGUGAAAAUGCCCAAGAAAAUCCACUUCAAGCCUCUGAAGGAAUCUUUUGCCAACCCUGAGUUCCUGAUUGCCGAUUUUGGCAAGUUCGACUACCCUCAACAGUUGCAUGUUGCGUUUGCUGCCCUCUACAAGUUUGAGGAGGCUGAAGGUCGUCUGCCAAAGCCGUGGAGUGAUACCGACGUGUCCAAGUUCAUGGACUACGUUGAGAACAUUGAUGUCUUCAAGAAUGGAGAUAUGGAACUCAACUCUGAGCUGCUUAAUACCUUCUGCAAGGUGGCUGCGGGUGACCUGAACCCCAUGAACGCUGCUAUCGGUGGUGUUGUAGCCCAAGAAGUAAUGAAGGCCUGCUCCGGCAAGUUCCACCCCAUUAUGCAGUGGCUCUACCUGGAUGCCGUUGAGUGCUUACCCAAGGACACUUCUCUUCUCAAUGAAGAGAACUGCAAGCCUGUUGGGUCAAGAUAUGAUGGCCAGGUGGCUGUGUUCGGCAAACACUUCCAGAAGAAGCUGGGUGACCUCAAGUAUUUCAUUGUUGGCGCUGGCGCCAUCGGCUGCGAGCUGCUGAAGAACUUCGCAAUGAUCGGCGUGGGCGCAGGCGGCGGUCAGAUCACCGUCACCGACAUGGAUCUCAUUGAGAAGUCCAAUCUCAACCGCCAGUUCCUCUUCAGACCUUAUGAUGUCCAGAAGCCCAAGUCCAGCACUGCUGCUAGGGUGAUCAAGCGCAUGAACCCCGACAUUAACGUGGUAGCCCAAGAGAAUCGCGUGUGCCCCGAGACUGAAUCUGUCUACGAUGAUGCGUUCUUCGAAGCCCUGGACGGCGUGGCCAACGCACUGGACAACGUGGACGCUCGCAUUUAUAUGGACAGGCGCUGCGUGUAUUACAGGAAGCCGCUGCUGGAAAGCGGUACUCUUGGUACUAAGGGUAAUACACAGGUUGUAGUCCCAUUCCUGACAGAAUCCUACAGCUCCUCCCAAGAUCCCCCAGAAAAGAGCAUCCCAAUCUGCACCCUGAAGAACUUCCCGAAUGCCAUCGAGCACACCCUGCAGUGGGCUCGUGAUGAGUUCGAGGGUCUGUUCCGUCAGGCUGCGGAGCAUGCUGCCCAGUAUCUGAGAGAUCCAUACUUCUUGGAUAGGACCCUGAAACUGCCUGGUAGCCAACCCCUUGAUGCUAUUGAGAGUGUUAGGAACGCGAUCCACGAGCGCCCUCUGACCUUCGACGACUGCAUCACCUGGGCUCGCUUGCACUGGGAGGCUCAGUACUCCAACCAGAUCAAACAGCUCCUGUACAACUUCCCGCCCGACCAGCAGACCACUAGCGGAGCCCCGUUCUGGUCCGGUCCCAAGCGCUGCCCCUCGCCCCUAACCUUCGACCCCUCGGAUGAACUGCAUCUUGACUAUGUGGUGGCUGCCGCUAACUUGAGGGCUCAUGUGUACGGUAUGGCGCCUUGCGUUGAUAGGGAGAGAAUUGCAAAGGUUGCUGCUAGUAUUCAGGUGCCAGAUUUCAGCCCUAAAUCCGGUGUCAAGAUCGCAGUGACAGACGCUCAACUGCAGCAGAACAACGACGACAUGGACCACGACCGAGUGAAGAACAUCAUCGCAGAACUGCCCUCGCCCGCCAAACUCGGCAGCCUCAAGAUCACGCCCCUCGAGUUCGAGAAGGACGAUGACACUAACUUCCACAUGGACUUCAUCGUAGCCGCCUCCAACCUCCGCGCAGCUAACUACAAGAUCCCGCCCGCCGACCGACAUCGCUCCAAACUCAUCGCCGGCAAGAUCAUCCCGGCCAUCGCCACCACCACCUCCGUCGUCGCCGGCCUCGUCUGCCUCGAGCUCUACAAACUCGCCCAAGGCUUCAACACCCUCGACGUAUUCAAAAACGGAUUCGUCAAUCUAGCUCUUCCUUUCUUCGGAUUCUCAGAACCCAUAGCUGCCCCAACAAAUUCGUAUUACGAAAAGAAAUGGACCCUCUGGGACCGCUUCGAAGUGAAGGGCGAGAUCACUCUCCAACAGUUCCUAGAUUACUUCAAGAACGAGCACAAGCUGGAGAUUACGAUGUUGUCGCAAGGAGUGUGCAUGCUGUACUCGUUCUUCAUGCCGGCCGCCAAGUGCCAGGAGCGGCUGAACCUGCCCAUGUCGGAGGUGGUGACGAAGGUAUCGAAGAAGAAGCUGGAGCCGCACGUGAAGGCGCUGGUGUUCGAGCUGUGCUGCAACAACGCGGACGGCGACGACGUGGAGGUGCCCUACGUGAAGUACACGCUGCCCUAGGCGGGCCGCCCUCGCGCUGCACAGGAGAACGUCUACAGCAUAAUAGUUACCACUUGGGAGAUGGUUCGUUCACAUCGGGAGCCGCAGCCGCUCGCGAGUGGGCCGUGUCGGACGAUAAACGAGAUGUACAGAUAGUGUUUACAUGUGUGACGUUUUAUUUUGUGCUUCAGAACACGCUUUUGUCUACUUAUUGAUUCAUAUAUUUAUAGUAGUUUAUAAUUGAUUGAUUGCUCACGUCUCAUCAAACGCGCUAGCAUUUAUUCUUUUUUAUUCGUCUCGUGAUACCACAAUAGUUUUUACACCAAAUUUAUUGGAUAUUUUUAAAGUUGAAAUCAGAUGGGUCUGUAUAUGGAAAGAAAUAAAUAAAAUUUGAGCAUU